AUGUCGACUGUCGCUUCCAGACCCGCCUCCAUUGCAAACUCGUUCUACGAGUCCGAACGGCGGCUUAGCAUCGAGCCUACCAACAAAAUAAAAGAGCUCGCCCGUGCCAUUGGCCGCGAAAAAGACGGCCUGAUGCCUUCCUUCCGUCCGCCAAGCAGCUGGACACAACGUUCCAGUCAUCACGAUGUCGUCUGGACUGGCGACCAAGACCACGACCACAAUACAAACGACGACCAGUUCUCGGAUGCCGAGAGCUGGGAUGGUGACGCUCAAAAAACAUUCACAGCAGACCUCGACUCUACCGCAAGUGUCUACGGCCAUAUUCGUCCCACUAGCAUCGGCAGCUCCAUCUUCGCCGGCCGCGGUGCCAAGUCCGAGCGUCGAAGAAGAGAGGUCGCACCGCCUCUGCCUAACCUUGCAGCUUCUCAUCACCAUCAACAGAGCAAUGCUUUGCAUGGUAGCGACACAGGUCUGCUCAGCCCCGCGCCGCACAACAUGCACAACAUGCAGAGCCUGCAGAGCCCGCGAAGCGAUGCUAGCGGCUUCGAUUCAAGCAGUCAGUAUAGCGGAUACGACGGCAAGAGUGUCACAACAGACCAUGCCGACCUCGCCGACGGCUUCGAUAUCCAGAACAGCUCAAUUUCCAAGAAUCAAUCGCUCCCUCCCCGUAAUUCGUCCAAAAAUCCACCUCCCAUUCCCGUCAAAGCCGCCUCCAGAGGUAGCAACGAAUCACCGCGUCGAUCUGGUUCGACAGCCGAUGCGGACAACAGUCCAACACGCAACCCCGCCCCUUCGAAUGCGAGCACCAACAGGCUGCCCGAUGGAUUGCUCAUGCCGAAAAUGCCUCCGGUGCCCAUGACCGAGGACCUGACUCGCUCGCGAAAGCCAAACUCUCGACGCGAACGAUCGCCCGUCUUGUCCUUUGAUGGCGGUGCAGCCGAAGAGGAGAGGCUGCUCGUCGAACUCCAAAGCAACCUCGCAAACGAUCCCCGCAGAGUCAGCACGCUAGGUCCCAAGGUUAAAAAGAAUGCUCCCGCUCCCUGGGAGUUGGGCGGAGAAGAUGUUGCCUCCACAGCGGGUCGACCCUCUCUGCGCGAAGCCCUGCGUCCAAGCACAGAGACGUUCGAAAAACCUUUCUCACGCUUCAAGUCGAGACCAUCCAUUGAUGCCUCGAUGCCCGGCCCAAAAAGUCCAAUUCCGCCUCAAGUGCCCUCGGGCCUGGCGCACGCUUCGCACCCUUCCAAUGUCGCAUCACUCGAGCCAGAGAUGCAGAAGCAAGAUGACGCGCACUCUGCAUUCGCUAAUCAGCGAUCGCGUUCCAAGAGCGUCUCGAGCAGCGCCGUCGGUAUGUUGAAGGGUCUCGGUUUAGCUGGCGCAGCUACGCCAGCUUCCAAGAAGGGCAAGCUCACCAAAGCCUUACGCCUUGUCGGUGCUGGCGGUUCUUCACAGCCAUCCCCAUCUCCGCUUCCGGAGCGCAUCGCGCCGGUCAACGGCAACCCCACUGGAUCCUGCCCAGCCGCUCCUAUUGGCUUUGCAAGCGAGCUGCCCCAGAGCCGUUCGAUGCGCCAUCUCAACGGAGCCAAUUCUUUGCUUUCAGCAACCAAGAGUCAGGCCGACCUGGCCAGCAUGAUCAUGGCGACCAAUUCCAAAUUCCGCGAUCAGGCCUGUUCUCCGCCGCUUCCAUCACCAAACAACAGCAACGCAUCGCUUCCUUCACCGCACAUCGGUGGCACCCGAUCUCUGGGCUACAGAAAGGACACGCUGAGUCCCAUCGAUACGUCCACCUUUGCCGCCGAACAAAGCCAUUUUGCCAACUCGAUGGAUCGGGCUCGUUCGCAUACACCGCCAACGCGCCAACUCAGUGUUGCCUCACAUUUGGCAACCUCGAUCGAUGACAUUGCGCCGCGCAGCAGUAGCCUCGAAGACGAGCAGGCACUCGGCUCGACGCCCGCCGAGGGCGAGUCAACGCCCAUGGGCAAGGCUUCUGCAGUUGCGUCCACUUCACAGCCUCGAAAUUCUUCGCCUUCGACCCAUCAGACUGGAAGGAUUUCGGCGUCUUCCAGCCAGACAUCUGGCAGUCUCCCCAUGCCCGGCAACAUCGAAGGCGUGCCGUACAAGCUCAUUUCUCUCCAGGAAGCUCGCGAGCAGGCGCGUCAAAAGCAGUCCGAGUGGCUUGCUUCGUCAGGGGCUACCACAGCAGUCAAGCCCUCGCCGUCGCCGUCGCCCUACCUUGGCUCGGGCGACGCUGCCCACGAUGAAACGGGCCUGCAGCGCGACGCUUCGAGCGACGGCCAAUCCAGCUUGCGAUUGCUCAAGAACAAGAAGAGCGGCUUCUUGAUGCGCAAGCUCAAGAAGGACAAGGGCAUCAGUAUUGACCUCGACGGCGUGUCCACGUUCCCGACCAGUGGAAGCAACCGAGAUCUGGCGCGAUCGAGCAAAUCGCCUAUGCCAUCUUUCUCGGUGACCGGGAUGGAGGAUGAGGAGGGUGACGAGCUCAAGCCACUCACUUUGCUCGAGAAGCCGGCGCUGCAAAUUCGACCCGUGUCGUCCAUGUUUUCCGGUUUCGCUCCGGACUUUUUGGAUGCCGCUGCGUUGUCGGAAGGCCAUCUGCGUGAAGCGUCGAAUAGCUCUUCGACCAGUUCGAAUGCGCUGCUUACGCCUCACAGCCCCGUCAGCCAAACAUUUCGAACAGCUUCGCCUGCAUCCUCUCAGUCUGGCCGUUUUACGCCGAGCAGCAGCUCCAACAAGCCCCAACUCGCCGAGAUUCGGCCUCCUCCACACGGAUCUGCAGUACCUGGACCCGCUGUACCUGGCUCUGCCGAUAGCAACUGGAGCGGCUUGGGCGGCGCAUCUGGUAUCAGUCGUCUUCCCAGCCUGGAUGCCGGCGCGAGCUCCUCGGACACGCAAUCGCAGUUCCAUUCGCCUGCCAAUUCGCCACUCACACCGUCGUUCCACCAAUCUGUCCACGGAGCAGCUUCUUCGCACAACGGAACAACACCAUUGAUCGAAGAGACGGCUGCUUUCUCGCCACCGCCAAGCCCACAGAUCCCGGAAGAGGUGCGACAGCGUGCGCGUGAGAUUGAAGCACAAAUCCAAGAACUCUGCAACGAGCUCCACGAGCUUCGUGUGAAGCAUGUGGGCCAAGGUACAGCGCCCACCUUCCGACCUAGCGUGGCUGACGACGGAGAGCAGCCCAAGGAGCACCAAGCGACGGGAAAUUGCCCUUCGUGCGGUUGCGGAUGCGCAGAACAUCGCCGUUUGCAGAGCAUCAACGAAGCAGCGGUGCUCAAGGGGAUCAGCGUGCUCGACAGAGGCCGUGCACUGAAACCUUCGUCCAACAUGGGCAACACGGGCAAAUUCGGUGGCUACACGAAUCGUUGA